CCCGGCUACGGUGUGCUAAAGGAGACAAACUAGGUCAGCGGCGUCAUGAGACGGAGGGAUGAGUUUUGGGGUCAACAGAGAAGAUGGAGGUGCCAUCAGACACACAGUCACUCGACCAGAUCUCACCCAGUCCUGAAGAAACAUCGAAAAUCGAAGCUUCCAACAUUAAUUUUAGCGACUACAACUUCGAAGAAGAAGGCUUGGACAAGUUAAGCCAACAGGAUAGUACCAUACCAUCGAGCACCGUCUCCCAAAUAGAGUACGAGAUAGAUAGUCUUCCACCAUCUUUAUCAAAUGUGACUUUGGGUAGUGAUGAAGUUUUGGGAUCCAGUUUCCAACAAUCAUCAAAUGCUUCUUUAGCAUCUCAAGACCCUUUUGAAGUAGCUGAGAGAUACUUGGAAAGGCACAACAUUAUUCAAAUAUUCCAGCGGGUCACUGAAAACUUAAUAUAUGAACAGCCUGAAGAUCCUUUGUAUUUUUUGCUGUGGCAGAUUCAGGAAAUAAUCAGAGAGAGGGAUCAAAACUAAAACCUGCAAAUAAAGAACUUUUCCUCAUUCUCAACCACCAUCA